ACAACUCUACCAUUUGUGAUAUCAAGAGUUGUGCCUCUAGUCAGCUGUCUUUUGUUAUCCUUUUAAUUUUGAUUAACCCGCAAUGGAAAUUAUUAAUGAAAGCAGUUCGUCAGCGGCAGUUAAAAAGCCCGGCAUGUCAGCGGGUGGAAAACUAUUAAUUGGUGUAACUGGCGGCAUAGGAAUUGGACUGUCCGUUGUUUGUGCUUCUUUUGUGGCGCCCGCAUUUCGUAAGUUCUGUUUACCCUAUGUGCCGGCAACAACAGAGCAAAUACAAAAUGUACUACAAUUCCUACCCAAGAAUGCAAGUGGGAAGCUACUAGACAUUGGUUCAGGUGAUGGACGCAUUGUGGUAGCUGCGGCAAAGCAUGUGAGGAGUCUGAAGACAGAUGGUGUGGAGUUAAAUCCCUGGCUAGUCUAUUACUCGCGCUUAGCCGCGCUGCGUGAUGGUGUUUCUACGCAAUCACGUUUCUUUCGUCGCGAUCUCUGGAAGUUCAGCAUUAAAGAUUACAACUAUGUGGUUAUCUUUGGCGUGGAGCAAAUGAUGCUGGAUUUGGAGCACAAGCUUAUUGCAGAAUGCUCACACAAUGCCAAAAUAAUAGCCUGCCGUUUUCCAUUGCCACAUCUGCAGCCAGAGCGCACUAUUGAGGAUGGAGUAAACACUGUGUGGUUUUACGAUCUAAGCAAGCAGAGCCAAGCUGCAGCGCAUAGAGAAACUAUAAAAUUAGGUAAGUUGUUUGAAAAUUAAAUGCUACACAUCAGACAGUCAGAAUACGCAGUCAAGAGUAAUCAAGACUGUUGG